AUGUUCGGCCUGGAGGGCAUUACUGAAAUCGAUAUCAAUCGCCCAAGGAGCCUGGGAUCAACAGCCAAUAGUGCAAUUACCACGGCCACUGUACUUCGCUCAGCAACACUACCAUAUCCAUCGCAGAUGUCUUCUAAUAAUGCCAAUAUCAGCACGACCACCUCCUCAUCCUCGAACUCGAAAAGUUUGGCCUUUGGUGCAGCGUUGAUGGCAAAUUCAAUGGUGUCAGCGGGGGCAGAUGAAGCGGAGCUGGAUGAGGAUGAUGUUUUUGUAGAUAUGCCGACACCAUUACCGCUAGUAUCUCAUGAUGAGACAAUGAAGGCAAACGAGUGA